ACCAUUUUUCCGCUGUCUUUUCAAUAAGAAAACUACGUGCGCACGAUAUAGUAACUAUUGGCGUUUACCGGACGGACGGAUGCGUAUCGGAGAACGGAAUAAAUUGGAAUAAAAAUAACAAAAAAAAAACCGGUAGAAAUGGAAAACUGGGGAAGAUGCAGAACGUUACACUGACUGGAGUUGCACUAAACUCCGAAUCCGCGGAUACAAUGCGCUCUCACAUACACACACACACACACACACAUACGUACAAGAAAAACGCACACAAACGUUGACGCACACCAAAAACACCACACUAACACACACAAACACGAUACAAUGUACGCGUACGGGCGAUACAGUCGAUAUACACACACACAGACAUUGGCGGUUCUCUAGUGCGCACUCUAUGGCGGCGGCGAACGCGCGCCAACCGUUUACGGCCGCCAUAUUUAAUAGUCAUGUGACCCGUCGGCGACCAAUCGAGUGCAGGCUCAACCGGCGGGUAAAUUCGAGGGACGCUAAGGAAUCGAUUCCGUUACCACCGUCAACAAUAGAAAACAGAAAUCGGCGCGCGCCAGUUUCCACUUCACACUAAUGCCACCAUUUUAAAAGUAUGUAUUAACGCACUCGAAUAUUUUUUUCCGUUUCCGCCGUAGCCAACUUAAUUCUGUUUAACGGUUUUUGGCCGUUCAAACGCGUCGGUUCUCGUUAUCGCCGAAGCAAAGAGGUUAGCAAUAUUUUAAUGUAUUGGACACAAGCUGUGAACGUUAAUAUACUAAAUUACCGUACGAUCAUAAAUUCUAUAGUUUUUUUUAUGAAGUCUUCGACUUUUUUUUCCAUUUGAAUUUACAGCAGUGGACGAUUGAUUUGUGUGAACAUUAUCAUAACUAAAUAUUUAAUCUUACUUACAAUUUAUUGUGUUAGACUAUUCGCAUUAACAUUUGCUAUAUUGUUGUUCACACGCUCAUACAAUUAGGUACUUUUAUUGUAUUCAAAAUGAUUCACUAACAACAGUCAAGUUAAAUUUAUUAUUAUAAUUUUAUUGGUAAAUUUCCAAUAUAAUGGGAAUUAUUUUACGUUUUAAUUGUGCACAUAUAUAGUGAAAUGACCAACUGGUAUAUUAUUAUGGAGAUCAGAAUUAAAAAAUAAUAAUAAUUAUGCCUAAAAAUAAUAAAAUGACAAUUUAUGAUCAUAUUAUAUAGAAAUGCAUAAUAUAAUAUAUUAACAAACAAGGUUCUAAUGUCGUACAAAUUGUAAAUAUAAAACAAUAAAACCAUAAUAAAUUAUAAAAUAUGUUUAUGUAACUUGAUAGACAAAAAAAAAAAUAUAUUAUAAUUAAUAGGACAGUAGAAAAUCCAAAUAAUUUAUAAUUUUUAGGACCAAAUAAAUAUUUGUGUUAUUACAGUCCUAAUAAUAAAUAGGAUUCUAACAAAAAUGAUUAUAUUUGUUAUAAUCAUACGCAAAUGAAGAUAUUAGAGUAAUGACUAUGUAAAAAUAUGCAUUAGAAUAAUAAUAAAUAUGUAGGUUUAGCUGUUGAUAUAUACAUUAUGAGACACAAAAUAAUGAUAAAUAUUCCAAAUAAUUUUGUGUUAAAUAGAUAUAUUAAGAAUGUAUAAUUUGUUUGUUAAUUUAAAAUCUGAUGUUAGAUGCUAUGACAUUGGUGACAGCACCACUGGAAAUGACACCGGAACGAAAUUCUUCUUGUGCUUUAGCAAAACUGGCACCAGAGCUACGAUAGAUUCUAUGGAUCUAAAAAUAUAAUACAUUUUAUAUAACUUUGGAAUAUUUAAAAUUAAUAUAAUUUUUUUUUUCUUUACUUUUGUUAGCAAAAAGAAGUCCAUAGCUGCACCAAGAGCGAAAGAAAUUCCCAUCAUUGUCACCAAUGUACCCAAAAAGGGGUGCGAGUUUUCAUAAAGCUUAAAGGCCAUAAAAAUUCCACUGUAAAAAAAAACCAUAUAUUCAUGUUUAAAUAAAUAAUGAUAAUCUAAUAAUCAAAAUUAAUUACCAAUAUCCAGAAUCCGUUGUACCCAAUGCUUGAACAAUUGAUAUAACAAACUGGAUACAAAAUACAAAGAAGUAGAGCAUGAAGUUGAAAGAACUAUCAUCACUAAAUAAAAAAAAAAUUCUCAUUUUAUUUUUAUUUAAUCAAAAAAAACAGUAAUAUAUUUUAAAUCACUUGCAAUCUAACUCUUAGUCAGUAUUUAUUUUGUAUUUAAUUAGUAUAGAUUAAAACCUAGGUAUAGUAUAAAGCCAAAGAUGAUAUCUUACAUAAACAUAGAGAUUUCUCUGAGAAGUUUGGUUAGUAUUAUUUUAAAAAUGUAUUAGGUGAAUAAUACAAAUUAAUAAAUACAAUUAAAAUUGUUUUACUUCUUCAUUUGGUUAGUCACACUAGUGCUCAACAUUCACUUACAAAAAUUCAACAUCACCCAAGAAAAAUCCUAAUUUACUCUUUUGAUAAUUAAAUUUGCCUUAUUUUUAAUUGAGAGCACAAUAAUGCAUUAAUAAAGAAAAAUUAAAUAUUUUUUAAAUCAAUUUUAUAAGACACACAUGAAAAAAAAAAAGCUUAUUAUACAAUGAACAAAACAGAUUAUACAUAAUGAAAUAAAAUUUUUAAGGUAAAAAAUUAUAUGUAACAAGUUACCAAUAUGUAUCAAUGCUUAGAAAGUUCAAAGAAUAGUUAAAAUCAAAAGCGAGAUAUAUACUUGUACAAAUAUUAGACUUUGGCGCAUGUUGAUAAUUUGAUAUGUAUCAGUUUUUUUGGUAUGUAAAAAUAGUGAUUCUUUAAAAGAUAAUAAAUAGCUAAUAUUAUGAAAGCAAAUAAUUCAAUAAAAAUUUGAAUGACACAAACAAUAAUUGUGAAAAUAAUAGAUGUGAUUAAUAUUUAAGUAGUAACUGUCUAUAAAAAAAAUAAAAAUGAAUAUUUUUUUGGGUCAGCACUUAUCGUUACGUUAUUCAUAUUAUAGUACAUUCUAAAUUAUACUAUAAUGAUUUAAAAUUUCAUUAAGCGGUAGCCUAUUUUAACCAAAAUGUGUAUUGUUAUACAUUAUAAUCGAUACAAGACUAUUAUGUCCAUAUUAGGCGGCUGCCUACAUUAACCGGUGGCCACAUUAAGUGGAAUCCACUAAAAUAUUAAUUGGAAUAAUAAAAUUAAAAUAGUAUUCUUUGAAAGAAAAAUAAUUUUUGAUACAAAAAAAAAAUCAAACUUUUAUUACAUAAUUUAACAGUACCAAAUAAUACAAAGGUUAAUCAAAUAUUAAAGAAAUAGAUAAAAUAUUCAUUACCUUGAACCUAAAAACUAUCAAAUUGUUUAUUAGUUGAUCUGAAAAAAGGAAGAUAUUAUAAUUAUGAACAUUCUUAAAACUAAUUUUUUUCUUCAAUGUACCAAAUAACCUGACUGUUAUCAGUGUUACCAUAGUUUACACCUAAUUAGAAUUUUCUUAUUACGUUUACCCCUCAUGUUUUUUUUUAACUUUGUCCAACUAUAUAUAAUCGUAUGCUUUACAUCUUCCUCAAAUUCACCAUUCUUUCGCCAAAUAGAUUUAAUUAGAACAAAUUUCCUUAAUGCCAACUACCUCAUCUACUUAGUUUUUACCUUGCAUUACACCUUAUUUUAUCAAUUAUCAGUUAUCACUCUGUCUUAAAUCAUUCUAAGUCUAUUCUAUAUAUUAUCUAUACAAAUUUGAUUGAUUAAAUAAUGGGUAGGUAGUUCUAUAGUGUUUUAUAUAACCAUUUAGUAUGAUAUUUAAUACAUAAACUAAAAAAAAAUAUGAAAGUCUGGAAUAUAAAAUGUGUUAUAAUAAAAACGCCAAUGAAAUAAUAAAUUAUUAGUUAAAUUGCAAGCAACUUAAACAACAAACACAACAUGUUUAAAAUAAAAAUAAUAAUUUUCAAAAGAUUACCGAAAAGCUUUGUAACCAGGACGGAACCAAAAUAAAAACGAUAGUGGCACUAAGAUUCCAGUGAAUAUAAUUGACGAAACAAAUGUAACAAGAGCUCCUGUAGUGAAAAGUAGUAAAGUACCAAUCAACGCAUUGCAGAUUAACAAGCCAGUAUGAUCUAAAAAUAUUAAAAUAUAAUACCAUUACAUAAAGUUAUAUUUAAAUAAUAUACUUAAAAAACUUACAUAACCAUAAAUAGUACAAUUGUCUGACAACAUGUUGAAAAUCUGGAGGGAUUUCAACAUUAAUAUCCAAAUAAAAACAUGGUUGAUAAUAGAAUCCUUUAGGUAAAGGAGGCCAAUUAUUUUGACGAACUUAAACAAUUUAAAAGAUAAUUGUUAUUAUUUUACAUCACAUAAAAAUGAACACAAUAAUAACCAUAAACCAUAAACCAUAAUAAUGACAAUAAGUCAAUAAAUACCAUUGAUCGAAGCAUUUCUUAAUUCCUCUUCUCUUCUGUCUAAUUCGGCUUGCCUUCGAUCAAGUUCAGCUUUUCUAGCCUAAUUUUUAUUGAAAAUUUAUAUUAAUAUAAGUAUAUUAUAAUGUUAUUUAAUAAGGUUAUGAAAAAUGAAAUACCAGUAAAUCGGCAGACACAUCACCGGAAUUUCUUCCAUAAGUAGAAGCAACUUGUGAUGUAACUGGAUAUUCUUGUGUGGGUGACAUAACAGCUGGCAUAGAAUUGAGUGGUGGAUUAGAUGCUCCCCUUAUAGGAGGUUUCUGAAAUAAUAAAAUAAAAUAAAACCAAUAAAUAAUAUAAUAUUGUUACAGUUCAAAAAUAAAUAUAAGAUUUCUAAAUAUUAUUAAACGCUUUUUUCUAUAUAAUACUAAAAUAAUACUUAUAAUUAAUUCAUGAUUACUGAUAAUUCUUCAGCUAAACUUCAGUUAAAAAAUAAUAUUAACAGCUAAAAAAGUAUUAAUAAUUAAGUACAAUAGUUAUAAUUUUACCGCAUUGUUAACAACAUUCUGAUCCUUUCCAAAUGGAUUGAAGUCUUCAAUUAAAGACUGUACUUUAUUAUUUGUUAGUUCUUUGACUGAAGGAUCCUAAAAAAAUAAUUAAAAAUAUUUUUUUCCCUUAGGUUUGCUAGCUAUUACACAUUUUGUUUAUGGUUAAAUUGUUCAACUAUACCUAACUAUUUGUAUACAUCUAAUUUAACAAUGUUUUAUAAAACCAAAAUUAACUAAGUAAUCAUUACUUAAUAAUUUUAUAUUAUCAUAUUAUUGAUUAGAUUACACAAACUACCUAUCAUUAAGCAUGAAAAUUCUUAAAAUUAAAUCCCUAAAACAAAAAUAUAUUUUGUUUUAAAUAAUAGAUCAAAUAAUUUAAUGGCUUAAUGUCAAGUGCUUAAAAUGGAAUUAUAUCAAUGUAUAUUAUAUUAAAAAAUAAUCCAAAAUUACAACUUUAUAAAUAAUAUUUUUUAAAUAGAUUAUUACUGUGACAACAAAGAUCAUAUAUUACGACUUUGGCUACAAUAUUAUACGAGAACGACUAGUCAUUUUUGUUUUCUUGUAAUAUUUGAAUGUGGACAUAGGUCAAAUGUCCCCAUAUUAUUACCUGGAAAGGAUGACCCACGGUGGGAUCUCCGAAAGGAUUUUCAUCUGGUUCGGCCAUGGUUAUGUAAUAUGUAAAAUGGUAUAACGGCGCGUUAUGUUAUUUACUAUGGAAAAUCGUCACCACUAUAACUUGCAAUCACUGCAUAUAUAUCAUCAUAAAAACGUUAGCAGACAAUAGUACGAAAUUAAUACACAAAAUGAGCGGAAAACAGUUAAGAAUGCAUACUACUAUAUCUGACACUACAAAAUGUUAAUUAUUAUGUUUCAGUCGGCCAAAGAUUAUGAAACGAUCGAACAUUUUUUCACAUAAUUGUGUGACGUACGCUAUCAAUAAAUGGAAAGAAAAACAUAAUUUACAGUGUGUGAAUGAGAUAAAUUGUAUAUAGCCGACCGCAAUUUCAAUAUUACAAGUUUAUUAAACGGUUAAUGGAACGCAGAAAAUUAUAUGUUUAUUCGAUUUGUUUGAAAAAAUUCAGGUAGUAUGUUUUAAUUAAUUGCGAUUUGUUAUUCAUUAGAUUAUAAUUAGCCUUAGUACUCCCAGGAUUAAAAGAUGUUGGACUUCCUGUUAGGUGAAUAUCAUUUUAGACUGAUAAUAUUAUUAUCUUUUACCUUAUCAGUUAUCAGCGUGUUUGUUUGAAUGAUAGAAUCGUGGAUUUUAAUAUUUUAUUGUAGUUUUGUAAUAAACUGUACCUUGUUGACUAACUGUCAGUCACUAAAAUGGUUCGAAAAUUAAAAUUUCACGAGCAAAAGCUGUUGAAGAAAGUCGAUUUUAUAUCAUGGGAACUAGACAACAACUUACAUGAAAUUAAAAUCAUGAAGAAGUACAUGAUUCAAAAACGAGAACAUUACACAUUGUAAGAAAUAAAUCAAUAGUCAAUAAUUUCAAAAAAAAAUAACUCUAUUAUCGAUUAAUUUUAGGUACAAUAAAUUAUCCAGAGAAAUACGCACUGUGGCAGAAAAAAUUAAAUCUUUAGAUUCUAAAGAUCCAUUUAGGAAUGAACAAGGUGCUCAAUUAUUGGAAAAAUUGUAAGAUUAUACUGCGAAUUACUUUUUAUUCAUAUAUAUUUAACUAAGUAUAAAAGUAAUUAAUAUUUCAAUUUAAUAUAAUAAUAUAAUAAUUUAAAUAUAUCAAUAAUUUGCUGAUUUCUGAAAAAACAGAAGCUACACUCUGAUUGAGAUAAACAGACCCUACAGACCUUCAGAAUACCAACAUGCGCAAACUUUUCAAGUUUAAAGUUAGUCAUUAAUUUUAUGAAUUAUUAAAACUAUACUGAUUUUUAGUUAAACAACUAUAACAUAGGUUAUACCAGUCUCAUUAGUAUGAAACUCAGAUAAAAUUUUCCUAAAUCUGACAUAUUACUACCCUUCAAGUUUAAAAUGUGACUACAAUAUUUCAUGACUUAUGUUUAAUUUAAAUUUGGUUACCUGUUGCACAUUUGUCUAUUGAUAGGCACUAUACAUGGAAAACUGACUAUGACUAAUUCGCUGCCUAACUCACAAAAACCUGCCUAAUCUAUAUGAAACACGGCACAUAGCUUAUUUUAUAUGAUGUUUAAAAGCUCUAUGAAUAUAGUUAUAAACAUAAAAUCAUUUAAGUUUUGUCUGUCUACAACAAUAAACCAUUGUUAAUGAAAAACAAUUUGGACCGAAUUAUGGUUAUACAUGUUUUGAAAGGCUGUAAUAUUUACAAUUUUGGUCAAAAUUUAAUAUUAAAACACUUAUACAAAAAACUACUACAUUCAACAUUAUUUCUUGACCACCAAGUAUAACUUAUAAUGAACAUCCUGUAAAAUUUCUUAGCAUUUAUAUUUGGUAAAACAUUUUUAUCCGCAUAGUACUUACCAAAUAAAAAAUAUUUUAAAACAUUCAUAAAAUACCCAUAAAUAAAUAAAUUUCACUCAAAUGUUUUGAAAAUAUUACUCUGUCAAAUAAUGGCUAAUGAGUAUUCUGUGAAAAUUGCAGAGCUUUUAAAUAUCUUAUAGUGUAAACUGUAUGCCAAGGUUCAAACAAAUCUGUUUUUGCAAGUUUGUCAUUUCAUACCUAAAAAUAAGAAAAUUUUUGAUCUGCUUGUAUCAUAUAUUUUCGAAAAAAAAAAAUCUGAAAAAAGUUAAUAUUUAUAGAGAUAACGAGUGUUCCCAGUUGAGUGAAUAAUUCUGUAUGUGUAUUUCAAAGGAUUAAUCAUCCACAGAUUUUAAUAUUUUAAACAAUACUCAAACACAUCAAACUGCAGUUUUAUCUUUGCAAUGUUUUUAAGAACACUAAGAACAUCUGAUUUCUUAAUUAUUUUAAUUAAAAAAUAGUUUAAUGCAAUUGCAGAAACAGGUAGUCUGUUUGAUCUUUAUACAUAAAAGUUGACUUUUUAAUAUCAUUAGAUAGAGAUUCAUUUAAGCUGGUAAAUUAACUGUAGAUCAUCACAAAUAUUUACAAUUGUAUCAUUUACUCUAACAUUAUUAAUAUAAUCUUUUAUUUGAUAAAUUCUUAUAUGUACCUUCUAGUAUUACAUUCUAAGUAAGUUUUAGCUUUAUGAUAGUUUAUUAAAAAUUUACUUUUAAAAUAAAUAUUUUUUGUAAAUUUUUUAAUUAGUGUAGAUUUAUAAUGAUAAAUUUAGUUUUGUAUUAUAAGGAUGUUUGUAAAUUUUUAAGAAUAACUAAACCUACUGUCAUCCACUCUUAAUCUUUUAUUUUUAGUUUUCCACUUUUAUUAACAUUGAAAAAUCAACAAAUUUAAUUACUUUAUCUAGGGAAAUAUUGACACAAUUGUUUACAUCAUGAGUAUUUAAAUACAUCAACUGACUUAUCUAUCCCAACUACGUUUUAUAUUAAUUUUUAUUUGUUGUUUAUACAUUGCUUUAUAUUUAAUAGUACAUGGUAUAAAAUAAAUAACCUUAUAAAAAGAAUAAUGUAUUAUUUAUUUUAGAUACAUAAUGGGAUUAAUUACGACAAAAAGAAAUUUUGAGCUUUGUUCAAAAGUAACUGCAUCUUGUUUCUGCAGACGACGAUUACCCGUUAUAAUGGUUCGUUCUAAAAUGGUCCAAACACUUAAAGCUGCCACUACCUAUAUUGAACAAGGUCAUGUUCGAGUAGGACCACAACUAAUAAAAGAUCCAGCAUUCCUAGUAUCAAGGUACCUAUGCUAAAUAUAUUUGAGAAUUAAACAAAAAAUCAAUAUCAUAAUAUUGAUCAAUUUAUUUAGUCAAAUUUUCCUUUUAAAAUUAAGGUUGAUUAUUUUAUAGUAUAUGCAUAUUUUUAAAUCAAAUUUGAAAUAGGUACUAAAUUAUACACAACACCACAUUUUACAUGAAAUAUUUUAUGUUUUUCGCAUAGUUUUUUUUAUGUUUCAAUAUAAUCCAUAUUUGCAUUAUUAUUGAUUACAAAAGUUCUUAACUUUUUAUUUUAAAAUUAAAUACUAAAAACAAAAAAAAAAAAUAGUUUAUUUGUAAUGAGCUUUUAAAAUUUAGUAAAAUAAUCUGAAGUGACAUAUAAAAAAAAUUAAUAUUUUACCCCUAAAUUACUACUUAAAUUUUAAAUGUUAACUAAAUUUUCAAAAAAUAAUUUGUUAAAAAUGGUGUUAAAUUUGUAGGUAUUAAAACAAAUUUAAUUAAAAAUUAAUAAUAAUAAAUACAACUUAUAAAAAAACUAUUGAGGAAAUAACUUUCACAUGAACAUGUUAAAAAAAUUAUUUUUAGAAAAGAUUUAAUAUUUUAAGCCAUGAAUAAAUAGAUGGAUUAUUAUUAUACAUUUUUCUUUAAGGAUUACAAAAUAAUUUUUAAAUAGAAAUCACUACUAAUACUAUAGUAAUGAAAUUUAAGCCUCCUGAAUAUUUUAACACUAAUUAUUUCAAUUAAGGCAAGUAGAUUUUGAAUGACUAUUGUAGAAGUCAUCAAAAAUUAUAAAUUUGCUUCUUUAUGGUUAUAAGUGCGAUAAGUUCAAUUUUCAAACUUUAAAAAAAUUGUAUGAAUUGUAUUUAUAUUAGAUUAUAUGUAUAUCUUUUUGUUUAAAUAUUUUUUUUUAUUUUUUUUAUUAUAACACCAAUUGAAUAGCCUUAUUAUGAAUAAUAAAUCAAAACCAAUAUUUCUAUAUUUUUCCAUGAAAUUUAAUUAACCAUACAUCAAAUAUUUUUAUCUAAAAGAAGAAAAAUUACCAAACCUUAUUACAGGAAGUACACAUUUCCCUGUGAUGAAUCUGUAAGUGAUAGGUAAGCGAUAAGCAGGCUGUUGUUCCAAAUUCUAUGUUUACUGCUUAUUUGCUUGUAUACAAAAGAUAGGUAAUCAAUUUAUUGAGUUUACAAAUAUAAACUCAAACAAUUUUAUCCUUUAUUAUAAACAAAGUUGACAUAAUACAUUUUAUAUAAUUUAAUUUUAGAAAAUAAAGCUUACCUAUUUUUAUAAUAAAUAUAAUUAUGUAACAUAAAUAUUUAUUUUUCAGACCUUUAGAAGAUUUUGUUACGUGGGUAGAUAAUUCUGCCAUUAAGAAACAUGUGCUUGAGUAUAAUGAUAUGAAAGAUGAUUUUGAAAUUAUGUAAUAUUCUAUUUAUUAUUUUUUUAAAUAUAUAGAACUGUAUUAUGUUAUGCUAUUUAAUUUUGGAUUGAAAUUACAAUAAAAAGUUUUCUGGUUUUUUUAUGUUGAUUUAUGGAAUGUAAACUGGUGAUAGAUAAGUGUGCUUGAAAAAAAAAAAAAAACAUAUUAGUAUUAUAAUACAAAAUUAAGAA